GAGUGCGAAUAAAAAAUAUUUCUUUAUCCAGACACCUUUCAGACACCUGUCAAAUUUGGUGGUAAUUUGCAUUCAGGUUUGUUGACAAAUACGUAGCAAGGCGCUCAUCUGAACUAGAUACUACUAGAACUAUCCCAAAAAUAGGCUAGAAAUAUGGAGAACAUGAAGUCAAAACCCUUAAAAGCUAAAGUGUUCCCAUCGGAACGAAUAAUAUUAGCAAUCAUGUGCAUGUUGGCAACGUACAAUUUCAUGUUUCAAAGGCUGACCAUCAACUUUGGCUUAGUUUGCAUGGUGAAAUCACCGUCUGUUGCAAAUAAUAGUACACCAAUAAAUGAAAUGGCCCAUGAAAUUGGGGACGAUCAAGCCGAGUUCGAAUGGUCAAGAGAUGUUCAAGGUUUAAUUCUCGCUUCGUUCUACUAUGGAUUUGUUUUUGCUCAAAUUCCUGGGGGUUGGUUUUCCGAUCGGUUUGGAGCUAAGCGUGCACUAAUCAUGAGUGGAUUUUUGGUCAGUAUUUUUACCCUCUUUACACCUCUGGCGGCACGCUUGGGACCAAAUUAUUUAAUUGGUCUACGAUUAGCUCAAGGAAUAUCUAAUGGUGCCGCAAUGCCUGCGAUAAGUACGCUCUCGUCACGUUGGUUUGCCGCAUUGGAGCGAGGUUUCAUGCUGGGAAUUGCAUAUUCAGGAUUUGCAUUUGCUACUUCCACGACAUAUCCAAUUGCUGCAUUCUUUUGUGAGAAUACAGGAUGGCCUGGGUUGUUUUAUUUUGCAGGAAUUUUCGGACUUUUGUGGUGCGUUGCAACAUUUUUUCUAAUUUUUGAGUGGCCGGAAACUCAUCCGAGAAUAGGCAACGAGGAAAUUAUAUUUGUGCAGAAAUACCGUGCUGUUCAAUAUACUAAUGCAUCUAAUGGGCCUACAAAUCCUCAAGUAAUUCCAUGGAUGAAGAUUUUAUUCUCAGUGAGGGUCUGGGCUUUGUUAAUUUCUAAUUUUGGUUGCACCUGGGUAUUCAUUUCUAUUGGGAUGUAUCUACCAACUUACACGAAAGAAGUACUGCGUCAAGAUAUUUCACAGAAUGGAAUUCUGUCAGCGAUCCCCUUCGUGUGCACGACAAUUGCUCAUUUCUUAGUUGCCAUAGCAUUUGAUUGGAUUCGGAAGAUGAAUUAUUGUUCAGUUACCGUGCUAAGGAAAGGGUUCAAUUCGCUAGGUGCAUUUGGUGCAGCGCUAGCCAUGGGAUUGAUUGGAUUCGUUCCAAGUGGAAAUGUUCUUGGUCCUGUCGUCCUUAUAACGAUGGGUCAAAUAUUUGUCGAAUUUGCAUUCACGGGUGGCUAUGUCUUCAGCAUAUUUGAACUUGCGCCCAAAUUUGCUGGGACGCUGACCGCGAUAAUGAACACGUUUGGGUUCAGUGUCGGACUCUUGAGCCCUCCUUUGGUCAGCUACCUUACCUCAAAUGGGAGGAGGGAAGACUGGUUGAUAUUUUUUAAUAUUUCUGCUGGAAUUUGCGCUCUGGGUGGAGUUUUUUAUGUUCUAUUUGGCACGUCAGAGUUGCAAGAUUGGGCCGUGACAGGGAGAAAGAGCGAUAAUAAUAAUGUGCAAAAUGUUGGUAGUUCAAAGGAUGAAAUGAUUCUUAUAAAGGACAAAGAAAAUAAUUCCAAGAAAUAAAGAAAAUUUAUAAUUAAAAAAAAUCUAGCCACAAGCUUUUGCGAAAUGGGAAGUGUUUUUUUAAGACAUACUGAGGAUGAGUUUCACACGUAU